AGAUUGACAUAGACACCGUUUAAGCAAUCUGAAGUGCAAGCAAUUUGCUUUCCAAUAAUUUACAUCUACGCGUGCGAAACAACAAUGAAAUCCUCGAAUGCGAAGCAGACCGACUGACGAAGCUGACUGAAAGCCGCCGACGGUCGUAGUAGGAUGUGGGGUUACGCCGCGUGGGGCGUGAGAAAAUAAUGUGUGGGAAAGAGUAGGCGGUCGGCGGUCGCAGCGUGUGUAGUAACUAGUAAAACACCCAGUCUCCACUAACUCAAAUUAUAGUUUCAUUUGAUAGUGUGUGUAGUAAACAGUGAUUCAUAUGUUGAAAAGUUACAAUGUGUGAGGAAGAGAGCGACGAUUGACCGAAGAACCCGUGGGAAACGACCUUUGUUAUGUACUCUGAUUUAUAUUUAUAUACAUUAGUGUAAACAAAAAAAGUUCGGUCGGAGCUACUCUUAUCGGUAACGAUGGGAGUCACUGGAUUGUGGCGGUUGAUUGAACCGACAGGAAAGCCAGUUCCAGUAGAAACGUUGGAAAAUAAGGUUUUAGCUGUUGACAUCUCAAUAUGGUUGCACCAGAUGGUGAAAGGUUACCAAGAUGCCAAAGGAGCCCCUUUAGCAAAUGCUCACUUGAUGGGCUUGUUCCAACGGCUUUGCAAACUUCUCUACUUCAGGAUAAAACCAAUUUUCGUCUUUGAUGGUGGCUUUCCAGACUUGAAGAAAGAAACAAUUUCUAAAAGACAAGAUCACAAGGCGAAAUAUAAUUCAGAAUCUGAAAGAAUAAAGAGAGAAUUAGCUCUUCUUUUAAGCAAAAAAACUGCUAUCAACAGUUUGCUUGGAAAGCAGAUUUCACCAAAAAAGAAUGUAGCUCAAACUGAAAAUGAAGAUAAUAUAUUCAAAUUGCCAGAACUCCCGAAGAAGAACCAGGAGAGUGAAUCAGAUUCUGAGGAAGAAAGUUCAAGUGGCUCCUCUGUUGAUCUACAUUCAAUGGAUCUAAACUCUGAACAUUUCAAAAACAUGCCUCUUAAAGAGAAGUAUGAUCUACUUGUAGAGUUAAAAGAAACAAGAAAAAUGAAUUCUUGGGGAAGAUUACAUGAAUUACCAAAGAAAAGUGACAGUUUUUCUGAUUUCCAGAUGCAAAGAUUGUUAAAACGAAGGAAACUACAGGAAUGUUUUGAAGAAACUGAGAAAGAAAUGGGUGUUACAGGAAUGUCAUUAAAAGAUUUAGAAUCACUACUUAACGAGGAAGGUAUUGAUACUAAUGUUGAUACAUUACCGACAAAAAGAAUAGCGUCCAAUGAUAAUACAAGAUUCUUACUUAUAAAUAACAUAAAGCAAGCUUUAGCUGAAGCUAAGCAAAGAAACGACGCCAAAGAUCAAGCAAGCACGAGUAAUAGGGUAGAAGAAAUAAAUAUUGAAAAAGAAAAGUCACCAGUUAAAGAUGAACUUGAAUGUGAUUUAGAGAUGGCCAUUAAAAUGUCUAUGGAAUGUGUAAGUGAAACUGACACAGCUACUUAUAAUUCGAAGACUGAUGAUUCUUGGACAUCCUGUUUAACUGAUACAGAUUAUUCAGACUCUGAAGAUGAAUAUGAAGUACCAGAUAUGUCAACAGCAAAAGCUUAUAUCAUGCAGUAUAGUGAUUUCACUAAUAUUGCUAUUGAAAAACUUGUUUCAGAAAAAAGUAAUAAUAAAAAUAAAGCUCAUGCUUCCAAAUUAGAUGAAAUAUUAGAAGAAAUAAAUAGAGAGAAAGCAUUAAUUGAAAGUAAAUUAGAAAUAUCAUCUGAAGAAGACAAUAAAGUUCAAGAUAUUGACCUUACUUCAGAUUGUGCUGAAACUGUUCCUGUGCAAAAAGACAAAGAGCCUGCAGUAGAAGCAUUCAGUGUAGAAUUAAAACAAAAUCAUAAAGUAGAGGCUGCUGAUGGUGUUGUUGAGGAUAGCAAAGAAAUUGGUCAGCUUACAGUUCUGAAUGUAAGUGAUAAAGAACAAAAUAUCGAUAUUAUUGAAAGAAAAGAAAUGCCAAUAAAAGCUAUUGAUUCUUCGCAAUCCUCAGUAAUUUGUAUUCACAGUUCUGAUGAGGAUAUUUUAUCUUUUGAUGUAGAAAACACUGAUAAACGCAAUCCUGAAAUAUCCAAGGAUUCUGAAUCGGAUGAAGACGAUUUUGAGGACGUGCCGGAAAUAAAUUCUAAUCCCAAAACUGUUGUGCAACUAAUAUUAAAUACCAAUACUAUACCAGAUAAGAAUGAUCUGUUUGCAGAUAUCUUUGAGAAUACAGAGGCUGUAGAUGUUCAUGUGGAAACUGAAAAAGUGGAACAAAAAGGGCGCAAUGAACUAAAAAGUGAUAUACGCGAUCAAUUAAAAGUUGUAACCGAUGACACGACCAAAAACGAGUUUAGAAAAGAGAGCACAGAAGUAGUAGAGACUAAUUUACAAAAUGAAACAGUAAAUUGUAUUAUUCAGCACGAAAAUGACGAAAAAGCUACUAAUUCGGACAAAAAUCUGAAACUUUUACAAGAGAGAACUGUAGUCAAAGAGCCGAUAUCAACUGAAAAGUUGAAUACAAUCGUAGGUGAGAUUCAGUCAAAAGAAAAUUCUCUAAUACAAGAGAAAGGUCGAUUAGAUCGUGUUGGUAGAAACAUAACAGAACAGAUGACUAAAGAAGCUCAGGAGUUACUGCAAAUAUUCGGAAUUCCUUAUAUCGUCGCACCAAUGGAAGCAGAGGCACAGUGUGCCUUCCUUGAGACCAUUAAUCUAACUGACGGAACAAUCACAGAUGAUAGUGAUAUUUGGCUAUUUGGGGGUAGAACUGUGUACAAAAAUUUCUUUAAUCAAAAGAAACAUGUUCUACAGUUUUUAGCUGACAGAAUAGAAAAAUCAUAUAACUUAAGUCGUGAGCAGCUUGUUUUACUAGCUCUGUUAGUGGGCAGUGACUACACUACCGGGGUGUCUGGAGUAGGUCCAGUCACCGCACUAGAAAUCUUAGCGUCUUUUCCUUUCAACAAAAAGCAAUCGAAUGAAAGCGUUAAGAAAUCGCGAUAUGCCGAAAUGGUGGCUGGCUUACAAGAAUUUAAGGUGUGGGUGCGUGCCGGGAGAAGAACAGAUAAUAUUAGCUUAAAGAAAAAACUGAAGAAUGUGAAUUUGUCCGAAGAUUUUCCCAGUGUUCGCGUUGUACAAGCAUACUUAGAACCGAAUGUUGAAAAAAGUAAUGAAAAAUUUACAUGGGGUGAAUUAGACAUCACAAUACUUCGAGAUUAUACAAAAGAGAAAUUUGGUUGGUCACAAAAUAAACUCGACGAAAUAAUUAAACCAGUUUUAAAAAGAAUGCAAGAGAAGAAACUGCAGAGGUCAGUUGAAGAUUAUUUCAAGAAAAAUGUCAACUUGCAAUCUUUGGAGGAUCAAAUGAGCAAAAGGGUGAAAGCAGCGGUACAGAAAAUGGGACCGAAUAUAUUAAAUACACUUGAAGACCUUAUUCCGAGUACACAAGUUCAGGCAACAAUUGCUAAGAAAAGAAAGAAAAUAAAAAAUGAAUCAAAUAAAUCAGGCCCUACACAGCCUAAGUUGAAGAAAAAUCUAGAAGAAAAGCUCCUCAUUAGUCAGGGGGUAAAAGUCAUUUCAGAAACCAGUGAAGGUAGAACGAAAAAAAUUGAAAUACAAAUUCCUAAAACGGACCGAGUUCAAGAAAUCAUUCCACAGAGAGAGAAAGAGAAACAGAGCUUAUUGCAGAAUAAAUUGAAGGCUAUUGAAAUAUUCAGGAAGACCAAAAUCGAUCGCAAGAAAAAAGCUUUUAAAAAGAAAGUUAUAUUACCAAAAAACGAUGCAGAACUCUCAGAAACUGAUAGUGAAUAAUGUAGAAUGCAUGUAUAGGAAGGAUCUUGUUUGUUUUGUUCAAUAAAAAAAUCAAAUUUAAAAUAA